AUGCAUUUCCUCGACCUACCGGAAAGUGUUCUGCUCGGUAUCGCGGCAAACCUCGACAUCGACGCCUUGAUCCGUCUAGAAGAGCUACAUCCCCGUUUCUGCCGUGAAAUAAUGGGAAAACCGCGAUUCGUCACCGAAAAAAAUCUAACAUCCUUCCAUCUGGAGUAUCUGGAAACGACUGGGGAAUAUGUUCGUUUGAUCGACCUGGAGAACUACGACAUGGAUGAAGAUUGCCCUGAGAAAGGAAGCUAUCUGGUGGAGCUGACAAUGAAGUGCCCUCUCACCACGCACCUGAACAUGGUACGAACGGGGCCAUACUUCGAGCGCUUCUUGGAGCUUCUUUAUCCCUUGGAGCACCUGACGACGCUGUGCAUCAGCAUGAAGGUUCUGAGUUUCCGCUUCUAUCCCACGGAGCAGCAUCGACGACCUUUCCGGAACUUAGAGCAGCUUUUCAUCGAAGCUGAGCCCGAGAGUGUGGCCUUCGAUCUACUCUUGGAUUUGAUCAAUUCAUGUAUGAACCUCAAAAAGUGUCACGUCAACGUCACGGACAAAGUCUUCCGAGACUGCAUCCCUGACGAUCUAUUGCCUUACGAAAACCAUCCACUGAGAAUGUCGAAAGUCGAACUUUGGGGAAUGGUCGACAUAUUCGUAUUGACCUGUUAUGUGCCGAGCUUCGAUCCCGCAUGCAUAGCAUUGACGAGAGCUCUCUUCGGUAGUGUUCCGAGCGGAAUGGAGGAGAGAAUAAAAUGGACCCGGGGUUGCAUAGUUUAUCAACGCAAGGGCACCGAAGAACUGACUCUCCCACUCAAUGAGCAUUGGGAUGUGAAAACAACGAAAAGAAUGUUCUCAAAAUCUGCCAGUGUUGUAAUUUUUUUCGUGAAUUUUCUGGUGAAUCCGGCUGCGUGCACGAGACCCAUCCUCACUGACUUGGACGUUCUCCGACGAUACGAUGGAUCGGGAGUCACCUUGGCCAUGACUUGGUUCCCGGGCCGAUGUUUCAAACCCACUGAUCGAGUAGAUUACGCCCCGCCUUGCAAGAUCGAUGCUCUCCGAGCUUUCUGGACGAUCAAAGAAGUGAAAGGCCCGCUCAAAAACUGCGGGAGAUUCGGGAACGAACGAGUACCAUGGGAUCUCAAAGAACGCCUGACUGAGAUCUGGCCGUCGUUUCACAGCGAGCCGAGCGAGUACGAGAAUUUCUGGUUGAAGGAAUUUGACAAAGACGGUUCCUGUUUCCGUAGGCAAAAUCACCCCCUAUUCGGAUCCGUGUGGAAAUUCUUCUCCGCGUCGCUCUAUCUCGCACUGCAGCGCGAUGUUUUCCAGGUUCUGGCGCUGAGAGGUAUACUGCCUUCGAAAGGUGCUUACUCAACGAAGCUUAUCGCUGAGACCCUGGAGGAAUAUCACACCGGACGAGUUCGCCUACUCUGCGGGAACAAGCCGGAUUUUUUGAUGGAUGUGGAGUUUUGCUUCGAUGAUUAUCUCCGACCUCGGAACUGCUCGAGAUUGCCAUUCAUGGAAACGUGCGGAGAAUACGUUUUCUAUCCACCCCCACCGUCGGUACCGAGAAAGGUUCAUAUCGUGCUGGGAGAGACACGGAAAAACCACUCGGCACCAUAG